GUUCGAGUACCUCUGUUUUUUCGUUUCAACCUCAUUUACACUUCUACGGGUUGAAAAAAUGUCGGACGGGUUAAUUGACAAACCAAAACUUUUUGUUCAAGGAAUGUUCGUGACAAGUACCUCUGGAGAAACUGCUGAUGAGACAACAAUGUCGAAAAUUGACAAUAUCAUUACGUAUGGUCUCCAGGCAAUCGAACAUUUCCUAGAAAAAAACGAUGGGCAGACUGAGCACUCAAAGUUAGAAUACAAACGUGUUGUAGCUGACAAAGAAGUUGAGUGCAAUCCAGAUGGUGUGAAAAUUGUGAUUUUCGUGGAAGACAUCGAGGUUCCCGCCAAACUGACUGCAUUCGCCAAUGGUAAUCGAGCUGAGAUCCACAUUCCGAAGAGCAAAAUUGACGAACUUUCCGAAGAGACAAAUAUCGAUAAGCUACCAGCUAACGAAAAAGCAGCGUUUGAAAUGCUUCUUAAUCAUUUUCUUCAUGAGAUGAUGCAUAUGUUUGGAGCUUUCCAUUCUGAUGUUGGAAUCAUGUCCGGAGUCAUCCAGUUGUUCAAUGAAGAAAAUCGUAUUGACUUGGCCAUUUUGUUAGAUGAUCACUCUGCUCGAAUUGUUUCUGAAACCCUUAUUGGUCAAGUGCUCCCAGAUCCACCAGUUGCAACAUUUGUGUAUGAUGAGAAAGACAGAUCGCUGAAAUUCGAAAGCAGUGCAGGAUUCCACACAGUCAUGUUUCUGAACAACUCCUACUACACAAAUCGAUUCUACUAUUCCGUUGAUAUGAAUUUUGAAUGCAUUGUUCCAAAAGAUUCGGAUUGGGAUUCGCUUCUUGUUCAAUUUGUCUAUGGAGCAUCGUUAUUCUACAAAAAAUCGUCCAUUUACAACAAUUGUGACUAUGACCGCAUUCGUCGCCGCUGAGCCAAAAACUACGUUUUAAUUUAUUUUUCACAUGUAAAAACAUAAUUUUAGACACAUAAACCAUUUUAAC